GUGAAGGUCAAAAGUGAUUGUAGAAAAAGGGAAAGUGGGUGUUUUUGAGAGUGAAAUUGGGGAUUUAGGGUUUUGUACAGUAACCAUGAAUUGGAAGAUGGAUUCUGAUAGAGCCAAGCUCUUUGUAGGAGGCAUUUCCCGCGACACCACCGAAGAAAUUCUCAAACACCACUUCACCAAGUACGGUAAUGUCUCCGAUUCCACCAUUUCCAUUGACCGCACCACUCGAAGCCCUAGAGGUUUUGGCUUCGUCACCUUCUUCGAUCUCUCUGCAGCUCACAGAGCCCUUCAAGAUACCCAUGUCAUACUUGGAAAAACGGUAGAAGUGAAAAAAGCAAUACCCAGAAGUGAACAGCAACUACAGCAUAACCAAUUUCAGAAUAAUAGAGGGGGAAGUAAUUAUAGUAGUUAUGACUGUAGCAAUGACUAUAUUAGGACUAAGAAGAUUUUUGUGGGAGGUUUGCCUGCUACUAUAUCUGAGGUGGAGUUUAAGAAUUACUUUGAGAGGUAUGGUAGGGUAACAGAUGUAGUGGUGAUGCAGGACAGUGUGACUCGUCGGCCGAGGGGGUUUGGGUUCAUUACUUUCGAUUCGGAGGAGUCGGUGCAGAAUGUUAUGAUGAGGAGUUUUCAUGAUUUGAAUGGUAGACAGGUGGAGGUCAAGAGGGCUGUUCCGAAAGAGGGGAACCCUGGUUAUGAUGGUUUCAAUGGGUUAAGGUAUAAGAGUGAAAGAGGAGGCGCGAAAAGUUCACCUCAUUAUAGUCCUAGGAACAUGGUUCCUGGCUAUGGUCCUUUGCCUUGGUAUAAUAGUGAUGGAGUAUAUCCAUAUGGAUCAGACACGUACGGUAGCUGGUACACUAUGGGUGGGUAUGUUGGGAAUGGAUAUGCAGUUCCAUCUGAUGCUUAUAGGAACUUUUGGUAUGGGCAAAUGGUAACUGGUCCUCAGGUGCCUUAUGCUAGUGCAUCGCCGUCCUUUGCAUAUGUGGGUGGUGGUAGGGUUGGGAUAGUAGGUAGCGGUGCUGUAACUUUGGGGUACAAUGGCGUUCCUGGGUAUGCAACAAAUAUGAAGUUUGAUCAACCUUUUAAUGCCAAUGGAUUUGUUCCAGGCAGUUUGACAGCACCUGAUGGGGUUAAGCAGGACGUUGACUCUUCAAGUUUGAAAGGAAGCAAUGGUGAAAUCUCUAGCUAACAAACGUAAUGGUCCUCGGGCCUUAAUUCAUCUAGGUAAAUACUUGCUAACUGCUGCUUCUGGUCUAUGAAAGGUUGGUAUAUUCUUGUUAGUUCUAAUUUGUGAAGAUACCUUUCUAUGUGUCUUAGAUGUAUAAUUUAGCAACCUGUCAUGAGUAGCUAUGGAGUUUUAUCAGUAGAGGAUUCAGGCAUCUGUAAAAUAAUUUCAUGCAUAACCUUUUUUCUUUUCUUUUCUCAUUUUAACAGUUUGUGCACUUUGGUUUGUUUGCAGUAGCUCUGUUUCCCUUGCACUAUCACAUACUGUUGCUUCAUGGGUUCUUUGUAGUUUGUACCUUUAGUAAAAUGCAUUUUUUUCUUUGCUAGGCUUUAA